AUGGACCAACUCGAACCUAGUUUGCCACCUGAACUGGAACGCGAAGUGUUCAAAAUAGCGGCCUGGACAUACCCAUCGACGAUACCCGCCCUGCUCCUUGUCUCAAAACGCGUGUUUGCUUGGACAGAGGCCCUCCUCUUCCACACUGUUGCCGCCACAGAUGAAGCGCAAAUACUUGCUCUCAAAACUAAAUCACUGGAAAUUCUCCGUACCUCGAUUCGCAACCUCUGUUUGGACGAUGGCCCAAGCCAGUGGUCCCAGUCAGAAAUCUUGACCACCCUUGAAACUUGUGUUCAAGUCCGGCGGAUCGCGCUGGGCUCCAUGUACUGCGGGCCCCAGAUUCUCCCUUACCUUUCACAGAUGCGACUAGACCACCUUGCCGUAUGCCUGCAUGCAUUAUUCGGUGGACAUGAUCUGCCCUACUGGGACGUUGAUUCUGCUCUAUUUGCAACCGUGACGCAUCUGGACAUUUCCGACGACAUUAAUGUCUGCUCGGCCGCUUCGUCAACCUGUGGAUCUCACCUCGUUCAGCAUCUCGUCGCUCUCCCCAGCCUGACUCAUCUGCGUCUACCAGGGAUCCUUCCUGACGACAUAGCGGAAUGCUUCAGGACAUGGUCUCAACUUCAAGUCCUUCUCAUCUCACAUUCGAACUCUAUCCGUCGCAGGAUACGCCUUGCGCGCUGGCUUCGACAGUCGUGUUUAUAUGAUGACUCCCGUGUGGUUCUGGUGGUCCGGGCGUCUGGACGGAACGAUUGGGAGGAUGGCACUCGUGGACUCAGAGACCAAUGGGCAAGAGCAGAUGAACUUGUCGCGCAUCGAACAAAGUGGAAAAUAGAAUGGAAGAGGUUUUGCCUCGAUUUUAUAGGCUAG